CCGCGCCCGCGGCCGCGGCCGCAGGGGGCGCGCGCGCGCCGACCGCGAUGGCCUCGGGGGCCGCGCGGCGGUGCCCGCUGCCGCCGGAGGGUGACGCGCCGCCAGGCCCCCUCGUCGAGGACUUCCACGCCGCGCUCGAGGGCGCCCUCACGCGCCUCUCCGAGGCGCACUGCCGCGAGGUGUCCGAGCUGAGGCGCCGGCUCGACGGCGCCGGCAGGCCGGCGUCGCCCAGGGGCCCCGUCGCGCUGGCGGAGCCGCCGGAGGCCGCCGCGAGCGCCGCCCCGGGGGCCGGGGAGGCCGAGGCCGCGGGCGGCGGGGAGCUCGCGGCGAAGCUGCGCGAGGCGCGGGCCUCGC